GAUUGGCUCACCGACCUGUUGUUACUACAGAGGCCUGAGAGAUGGUGUUUGUUACUUGAAACCUAUGGAUAUCAAAACUACAAAUUAAACAUAUUAAAAUAUGGGACCUUCAAAUACUGUUCACCCAGUGCACUCCAGUUCCUUUCCAAGUGUGUCCGAGUUGGUGGCGGAUGCUCGGCGGUUGUAUGGGCAGGCUUUCGGGGGAGAGGCACCUCAGGUGGCGGUGUGUGCUCCUGGAAGAGUCAACCUGAUAGGGGAGCACACCGACUACAACCAGGGAUUUGUACUUCCAAUGGCGCUGCCCCUGGUGACUGUGGUGGUAGGCAGUCAAACCGCUGGCCAGGAUGUUACCGUGGUAACAGCAACUGAGGAUGCUGAUGAGCCUCACAGAGUGGACUUCAGCCUGCCUAGUGAUGGAUCACCGCUGUCUCCAGGGUUACCCAGCUGGGCGAACUAUGUGAAGGGUGUUAUACAACAUUACAGGGCACCUCCUGUACCCGGUUUCAGGGCGGUCAUAGCCAGCAGUGUCCCCCUGGGAGGAGGUCUGUCCAGCUCCGCCUCUCUGGAGGUGGCUUUCUACACAUUCCUGCAGCAACUCAAGCCAGAUGAUGGCGACAAGGUGUCCAAAGCACUCGCCUGUCAGCAGGCAGAACACACUCAUGCCGGUGUACCCUGUGGCAUCAUGGAUCAGUUUGUGUCCGUGCUUGGCAAGGAGGGACAUGCUUUGCUGAUUGACUGCAGGUCCCUCGAAGCCACCGCCAUCCCCCUGGCAGAUCCAAGCCUGGUCAUUCUCAUCACCAACUCCAAUGUGAAGCACUCUCUGACUGGCAGUGAGUACCCCACAAGACGCAGACAAUGUGAGAAGGCUGCCGGCAUCCUGGGAAAGGCCAGUCUCCGAGAUGCUACCACGAAGGACCUGGAGGAGGCAAAGGACAGACUGGAUGAUGUUACCUAUCGACGAGCUCGUCAUGUGAUUGAGGAGAUAGAAAGAACUGCUCAAGCUGCUGAAAGCCUGAAGAGAGGAGCCUACAGAGAGUUCGGCAAGCUAAUGGUGGAGAGCCACAACUCUCUCAGAGAUCUGUAUGAGGUGAGCUGCAGCGAGCUGGAUGAGCUGGUGUCUGCAGCCAUGGAGGUGGAGGGGGUGUUCGGCAGCCGGAUGACAGGCGGAGGAUUCGGUGGAUGCACUGUGACUUUGAUGCAGGCCGAUGUCAUUGACAGAACCAUACUCCACAUAAAGGAGCGAUACAGUGGAACCCCAACUUUCUAUGUCACGACUCCUUCAGAGGGAGCUCGGUUUCUCAGUCUCUCCUGACCUUGGUCAACACAUCUCUGUAUGAGGACUGCAGAUUCAUCGCUUUUUACAGGCUUUACCACUUGAUUAUACCCUUUUUUUCAGUUCUCACGAUCGAAAUGAUGUGCUGUAAUGCAGACUAGAGCAUUUUGUCAAUGUGGAAGAAGUGCCUUCACAAUAAAACAAUGCUUCCUGGUAACAUUACUAGAUUUUUGUCUCAAUUAUGCAAUGCUUUAUCUUCUAGAUACUACUACUGCUACUUGUAGCAACUGUUAAAUAAAAUUAUGACUUUGCUGUAAUUAUUAAAAUACUGGAACAAUUUCAUAUUAUUUCCAUUUGACUUACACAAAGUGUGUGAUUUCGCCAAACUCAAUAUACUAAUACAUAUAAUAAAGGAAUAAUGGUGUAAGUUGUCCCACCCUUACAGGUAAAAACAAAGGUUGGUAGAUUUCAAUCCAAUUAAUUUUAAACACCUGUGGGGUGAGUCAUGAAUAUGUAAUGGCUUUGAAAUAUUGUUGCCUUCAGAUAAAGUUGUAACCGCUCUACUUUUGCACUUUUCUUUUAAAGGUUAUACUGGAAUAGUCUUAUUCUUCAUUUCCGCUGGUUAUCUUAGCCUGAUCUGUUCAAAAAUCUAACAAUGAAGGUACACUGUAUUUUGGAUUUUUGAGAAUAAAUGAAUUUGAAAUAA